CUCCUCUCCCUCCCUCCCUCUUCUCCCCUGCCGCGGCGGUGGUGGCGUGGUUCGCCUCCCACUCACUCACUCACACUCGCGCGCACACAGUUCCAACCCGAUCUCCAUAUAUAACACGCCAAGAUACCUUAGCCCUCCCUCACGCCUCCGUCCGUCCGGAUCCACCACCGCCCGCCGCUCUCUUUCCUUCCCCCCAAAGCCCUGCCGCUUAGAUCUUGCGCGCCUGCCCAAAAGAUGGCGCCUUUGUCCCGGCGGCCCGUGCUGGUGCUCUUCCUCCUCCUCGCCCUUUUCUGCUCCCACAUUGCUCUCUGCUCCUCCGCCGAGUCGGGGAAGGCCAAGCCCAAGGCCUCCGGGGGCCGCAAGGCGCUGUUGGCGUCGUCCGCGGGUGACGACGGGGAGGAGGUGGCCGCGGCCAAACCGGCCGCGACGGGGAGGAUCAAGAAGAAGCUGCUCUCUGAUGCCAAGAACCAGACCAAGGUUGCGAAGGCCAAGAAACCGGAGUCCACCACCACAGCAAAGGCGACUAAGAAGACCACCGUUAAAGCGGCAGUGGCUGGGGCCGCGGCCAUUGCCAAGGCCAAGGUCCCGAAGGUGGACAAGGCGGCGGCUGCGAAAGCUAAGGGUGCCGAUUCGGCCAAUCCUGCCAAGGUUUCCAAGACGAGCGCGGCCAAGCCGACGAAGACGGCGAAAUCUGAGGCCGCCGCCUCCGCCUCCGCCAAGGCCAAGAAACCGAUCAAUUCGACCGCGGAUGCCGGUGCCAAGACGGCCAAAUCCGGCAAGAAGGCGCAGGUGGUCGCCGAGGGGAAGGCCAGCAAGAAGGUGAAUGCGACCGUGAGCAAGAAGGCGGCGUCGGAGGUGGAGGAGGACGCGGAGGAGGCGGAGGGGACGGAGGACCUCAUCUCCGAGUUCCAGGGGCUCCCGGCGCGGCUGCAGGAGACGUUCAUGCCGGACCUGGCGCGGCUGUCGCACCGGUCCAAGGCUUACCUGUCCGCCGCGAACGCGGGGAUCGCGGCGGCGGCGGCCACCGCGGCGUCGGUAGCGUUGCUGCUGCUGCCGCUGUGCAUACUCACGGCGCUCGUGCAGCGCAUGGGCCCGUACCUGCCGCUUCUCCACCGCGCGCUGCUCCUGGCGCAGGCGUACCUCGCCAUCUACUUCGCCACGCUCGCGCUCGCCGCCGCCGCCACGGGUCUCGAACCGCUCCGCUUCUUCCACGCCACCUCGCCGGCCGCCUACGCCUGGACGCAGGCUGCGCAGUCGCUCGGCUUCAUGGUCUACCUCGUGCUCCAGAUGGUGGACCUCGUCGCCGUCUUCUCCGGCGCCGCGUCCCCCGAGGAGGACGGCAACGGGGACGCCACCAAGUCGCUGGGCCUCGCGCAGAUGGUGGUCGGGCUGGCCGUGGGCCUGCACUACUACGCCGCCGUGUUCCACCGCGCCGCGGCCGGCGAGGCUCCCCGCGCCAACUGGCGCGUGUAUACCGUGUAUGCCGCUUGCUUCGUCAUUAUCUGCGCCUGCGCGCGCGCCGAGAGGAGGAAGAAGGCCUACCUUGCCGGCAGCGGCGGCGGCGCCGCCGAGGACUGGAAGAAGAGCUGAGGGACGGAAACAUCAGGAGGGGCUUAUGUGAAAAAAGGUUCCAAUAUGGUGGAAGCCGAAGGGCGUGAGUGUAAGAAGUUCCGAAUGUAGGAAGGAGGAAACGGAGAAUAUAAAGGGAAACGAAAAAGGGGGAAAUUGUCAUUUUCUUUUUUCCUUGUUUACAUUAAUUUAUGUCCCCCUCUUUCGUUUUUAAUUAUUUGUUUUAGUACAGGGAUAAACUUAUAAUAGGGCAAAAUAAGGAUUUUAUUAUUGGUAAAAACUA